GAAGAAGCCUCAAUGCGACUUGUGCUACAGUCUAGGAGCCCGUUUGCAGAGCGGGUUCGAAGUUGCGCGUUGCGCAAGGUCCCUCUUUUCUCCCGGUGGCCCUCUGAGAAUGCAACUACGCUUCACAUGAAGAAGAUGACAUGAGAGGAGAUGUGAGAGUAGUCUUGUAGCCCAAAGUGAGAGCGAAAUACUUUAAAUCCAUGUCGCAGUUCAAUUCUCCAGAAGACGAAUGGCGUAGCUCCUUUCGUCGCUCCUCAGACUCUUCAGAUGGAGAGAGCGCCGAGGAAGACGACUCGUCCUGUCUUUCGUCCGGUUCUGAGGCGUGCGAAACAUAUGGAAACCACCUCUGGCUGGAUGUUGCUGGUAGCCGGCCACGCAGUGCCGACUCGGAUAUAGUUUCUGCGGUCAAGAAGGGUGAUAUCGAUGCAGUCAAGCGCCUGGUGGAGGAAACGCAGCCGGGCAACGAGCGGAGGACGCUUGUGAACUCUACCCGGCACUGGACCGAAGUAGAUUACAAAAUCGGCGGGUAUACGAAGGAGUGGGAGUGGCACGACAUGACAGCGCUUUCGUACGCGGCGUAUGGUGGCCACGUCGACGUCGUCCGCUACCUUUUACACACUGGCGAUGCCGAUCCGACACUAAGCGGCUGUCCGGUAGCAGACGAGUAUUAUGAUGCGAGCAAAGCGGGAGCGGCGGGACAGUCGAAAUUGCUGAAGUGGAUGAUGGAGUUACUUUCCCCGGAGUGCAUCGAAAAGCUGAGUUUCGCCGAGGAUUGCGGAUUCCCCUGGAAAAAGAACUGCUUCUCCGUUGACUGGUACUUUGCUCACCACUGGACACGGUGCAAAACGCCCGAGCGGGAUUGUCUCUGGCCAAGCUUAGCAACUUAUGAGAAGCAGGGUCUAUUUAAACUUGUCAACGAAAAGUACUACGACCCAAACUUCUUCCGCCCACCAGAGGAGGCAUACGCCGUGCUCGCGUUUCGCCAGAAAUUUUCGAAAAUCGAAGCGAUGCUGGAAGCGGUGCAGCCAUUUUGGGAGGUGGCAUCUUAUUCCAACCCCAACUACGGACAAACCAAACGCGAGGUUUUCUCGAAUCAGUGCGAAAAUGUGGACGGUAUGCGAGAAGCCCUGGCUCUGGCGGAAGAGAGCGCGACAUUGGACUGGGAAUGUUCCAUGAAAGAAGAUGUCGAGGCGGUAGCAAAGGAUCUCGCGGUGUUUAAGAAUAAGUUGCUGUGGCGAGCGCAGCAUUAUCGCGCGAAAAACAGGAACGCGUCGGGGCGGAAAGGCUACUGGCACUAUCUGGACGACGGGAGCACGAUCGAAAGAGGACCUUCCAUAUCGGGCGCCAGGCACUUCGGUCGGCGCGGAGGGUGAUGUGCGAUUAGUGCAGAAAGCACGCUGACGUGAAAUGCUAUCUUUAUCUUUGCGUGAGCGUGUACGUGAUGAAGUUGAAAAAUGUCUGCGGAACAAAAACUCUUCAUAAGGACAAGUGUGUCCGCUUGUGAGCAAAACUUGUAAUUCGAAAUAUACAACAAGGAUGUGGUAAGACUAAGAUUGCGAU